AACUGUCCUGUUUUUUCUUCGUCGCUUCUUCACAUCCUAUUCAAGUCUUUUUUUCAUCAAUAACAAAGAGAAAAGGGGGGUUGGGUUUUUUGAAUCAGAAAGUGUGACACAAAAAAAUGGCGAAAUCAAAGCAAACAUACGAGGAAAUCAGGCAAAAGAGGAUGGAGGAGAACAAGAAAAGGAUGGAAGAGCUCAACCUCACAAAGCUUUCUCAAAGUCUCCUUUCUAAGCCAUCUCCGGUGAAGAAAGGCAAUCCCAGAACUUUUAGGCCAGCAGCGGCCUUAACUCCUGUGAGAAGAUCGACUCGAGUUGCAGACAGGCCCACUGUUAGCUAUAAAGAAUUACCAGUGGAAACUUUGGAGAGAACCAGAAGAAGCUACAGUUACCGAAGGAGAGGUUUUGGGGUUUAUGCUUCUAGUGAAGCGAGGGCGUCUGCAAUUGAUAAAGCAGAACAAAUUCAGUCACGUUUGGGAGCUGAUUUCCCAAGUUUUCUAAAACCCAUGGUCCAAUCACAUGUCAGCGGAUGCUUUUGGCUGGGCCUGCCAGUUUACUUCUGCAAGUCGCAUCUUCCCCUUAGGGAUGAAAUGAUGACUUUGGAAGAUGAAAAUGGAGAUGAAUUCCAAACGAAGUACCUUGCUCAAAAAACUGGUCUUAGUGGCGGAUGGAGAGGGUUUUCCAUUGAUCAUGAACUCGUUGAUGGAGAUGCAUUAGUAUUCCAGCUAGUCAGCCCUACAAGAUUUAAGGUGUACAUUGCAAGGGCAUAUGAUUCAGAAGACAACGAAAACAAGGCAGACAUGGAAGAAGACAAUGAAGGGAAGGAAAACAUUGACAAUGACAAGAAUUCAGAUUCCAAGCACUUGGAUGUGAUAGCCAAACGAACCAGAGCAAGCAGAAAGUAGCGUUUCAUGAUGCGGAGAAGCAGCAAGUUUCCAUCUCCGCAAUAUAAGAGCUAACCUAUUGUGGAGAAAUGAAUCUUUUGUUUGGCUUGGCUUGUCUCUGCAACAUGCCAUUGUGGAGUUGAAAGGCACUCGCUAAUUACUGAUUAGAUUUUGUCAAGUAGCAUAGAAACAGUGGCUGAGAACUGAGAUUCAUAACAUUCUGUCAACUUCAUCGAUUGUUGUUAGGUUAUUGAAUCGUCCCAGAGGAGAGCUGCCAGUUUGUUAGUAUUGCUUGUGAAAAUAACGUGAACCAGAGCUUAACAACUGAAAUGAGAUUGUGGAUGUUUUGAACAAAU